GAGAUCAACAUGCCGUGAUUCAUUGAACCCAUGCAACCCCACAAAGUGAUCAAGGCGAGAAUUGGUAACAAAAGCGAGGUAAAGUGGUAACUUUCUCGUGUCUCGAUUGUUGAUCUUGGGCGUGCUCUGUCCGGACCCGAACCAUGUCCAAGUUCCAGCGGGUGCAGCAAUGGUCGAGUCUGGCCCGGACCUGGUGGUUGUAUGACGCCCAAUGGCAGAAUCCCUUCCAGAGUGCCAAGAAGAUCACGCGGGUGCUCCAGGGUCUACACAAGCCCAUCUAUUCACCCACCAUGGAUGUGGGCGAUCACGUGGUGGUCAUCAACAGUCAGGACGUGGCGCUCUUGGGACGCGAGUGGCAGAUGCGGGUCUACUUCCACCACACGGGCUAUCCCAAGACCCACUAUAAGGGCGGAGCGCGCUGGAUUCCUGCUUGGGAGCUCCAUUCCCGCGAUCCCACCCUGGUCUUGUGGAAAGCCUGCUAUAAUAACUUGUACGGGGAUAUCCAUCGCAAGGGCUUUAUGGCCCGCCUCCACGUGUAUCCCAAUAGCGAGGUGCCCGACGAGAUUCUAUGCAACGUGUCGGGUCAGAUUCGACCCGUCAAGCCCGUGCCCAAGAAACUGGAGGAGUAUAGUCCGGAAGAGCGGCAGACUUUCCCGCAACUCUGGGAUUUCCCCGAAUCUUAUACACAACGUUGAGUCGGCCUCUUCGAUUUGUCUGAAGCGAAUAUGUUGUACCCUUAGCCGUAGCCCCAGUAUCCAUGCAGAUAAAGCAUUACUCUAUUCAAAACGAAUC